ACGAGUCAGUCAGUGCAACAAGUGGGAUAAAAUGACGAUUAUUAUUUUUGUGAUUUACAAGCAAAAAUAAAAAGAUAUUUUCAGUGUUAUAACAAUGACGGUGUGGAAAAAGCUUGACGAUGAGGAGUGUUACGCUGUCGCUAUAUACAACUUCGUUGGGAGCAACCCGAACCAGUUGUCCCUGGACGUGGGCGAGCUGGUGCACCUCGAGGGGGAGACGGAGGAGUGGUACUGGGGCACCAGCGUCAGGAGGGAGGCGAGCGGCGCCUUCCCCAAGUCUUAUGUGGAAGCGCGGGAGUGCACUGUUGAAAGAUGCGGUGAAACAGUGGUGGCUUCGGCUGGCGGCAGCGGCGUCGCCCACGACAUAGCGGUCACUUUGAGGGAGUGGCUUCAGUAUCUGAAGAAACUGUAUAUUGUAAGGUCAAACGAAGAGAAGUUCAAGUUUAUGGAAGUGAGUAUGCUCGCGCUGCUCGAGCUGAGAGCGCAGGUGGUGAGCGGCGCUCUGCCCCAGGACCAGCUCAGGAGGGUCGCCAGGACGUCCGUCUUCACCAUUGAAAGAGGGAACAGACAACUAGGCAUGGAGCUAACAGUGAGGAACGCCGGCGGUAAUCUUGUAGACCCGCUCUCGACGUCCACAUACAAAUUGAACGCGAUGCAUGACGAAGCUAAUGCCCGGAUUGAGAAGAAUAUGGAAACGACCCCGACGACUCCCCCACCUCCCACCAUACCAGCUAACGCUCGAACAUACACACUCGCUUUACGAGUGAACAACUUCGUGUGUCGGAUGUCGGACUCGGCGGAACUAUUGCUGUGUCUACACGACGCCCUCGGGAACAGGAUCACAGAGAACCUGCUUAUUAAAUGGCCACAACAGAGUCUGGUGUCUCAACAAUUAGUGUUUACAGAUCUGCCUUCUGAUAUAAAGAAGGAAAAAGUGUUUCUAGUAUGUCACGUGGUCCGAAUAGGCUCCAUGGAGCCACAAAUAACUGAUCACAGAAGAAGUUCAGUAGCCCAGCCGCCUCAAGUCAGUACGUGCAGAAUGAGACGACCAUUCGGCGUGGCGUGUGCUGAUAUCACGAGAAUCGUGGCUUCGGAUGUAGCCAAGGAAAUACAAUUACCAUUCCACGCCUGUGAGAAAGAAAACUUGGACUCUCUUCUGAAGAAGGUGAUGGCGAAUCGCGAACUGAAAGACACCAAAAAUCAUCAAGGACUCUGGGUGACGUUGCAAUUGGUAGAAGGGGAUCUUAAACAGAUCCGCGAAGAGAACGCCCACCUUGUUGUGGGCAACACGGUGAUCGCUCGCAAGAUGGGCUUCCCCGAGGUCAUACUGCCCGGCCUGGCCCGCAACGAGCUGUACGUGACGCUGGUGGGCGGCUCCUUCUCCAAAGGCAGCAAGUCCUCGGACAGGAACAUCGAGGUGGCCGCGCGCGUGGUGGAUACGCACGGGGACACUCUGCAGGGCGUGAUAUCAAUAGGGGCAGGAGGUCCUCUAAUGGACGAGUACACAUCGCUUGUGUAUUAUCACGACGAUAAGCCGAGAUGGCAGGAAGUUUUAAAGGUGUGCCUCAAUAUAGAGCAGUUCAAAGAAGCUCACAUAGUGUUCCUGUUCCGCCAUAGAAGUUCGAACGAGGCCAAAGACAGGGCAGAGAGACAUUUUGCCAUGUCUUACCUGAGACUGAUGCAAAAGGAAGGAACUACUAUACCAGACAACAUUCAUGCUUUGGCCGUUUAUAAGAUCGAUCCGAAACGCUCGACGAACUCCGACAUGCCCGCGGAGCGCGAGGCGGCGGCCGCGUGCCUCGCCAUGCCCGCGCGCCGCGACGAGCUGCCCGCCGGCGCGGAGAGAGGGUUGACGCGAGGCGUACUGGCUUUGAUACAUCGUGACGUUCUCCAUGUUGGAACGAAACUAUGUUCUACAAAAUUGACCCAAAGGGAGGAAAUCCUAGGUGUACUGAAAUGGAGCACCCAACACGCCGAAGGUGGUCUCCGAGCGGCUCUCAGGAGGCUGCUGAACGUCCCCGGACCAGAACUGGUCAAGUUCCUCCAGGAUAUACUGGACGCACUCUUCAGUAUUCUCACUGAGGUGGAGGAAGACCGUAAAAGCUACUCAGACGACAGCUACGGCGUUCUGGUGUUGGAUUGUUUGCUCUGUGUCAUAUCGCUGGUGGCCGACCACAAGUACCAACACUUUCAGCCGGUUCUACACGUGUACAUCGACAGGAGCUUCUGUGACGCAGCUGUUUACGAGAACUUAAUAUCAGUUAUAAUAUGGGUGAUACGUAUGGCGGACAACGGCGAAGUGGCUCUGAAACGUCUGCUCACGUGUAUGAAGUGUGUGGAGAGCUUAAUGCGAAUAAUAGUGCGCAGUCGACAGCUGAGAAGUGUGCUGGGAGAUGUCGCCACUGAUCGAUAUUUUAAGUCGCAUUUUGAGGACCUACUGGAAGCAUUGGUGUGGCUGAUGCGCUGCGGCGACUACGCCCUCACGUGCCAGGGCUCCGCGCUCAAGUACCUGCCGCACGCCGUGCCGCACAUCGUCACCGUCUACCCCCACGCGGAGCUCAGCGCGUUCUUCGUCCGAGCGUUAAGCGCCCUGUCAAUGUGCAAGCUGAGCAAGCAGCGCAUGCUCGCGCUGCUGGAGCUGCUGCGCGGCCCGCUGUGCGCCGGCGCAGCCGCGCGGGCCGCGCUGCUGCCGCACCUGGCGCACACGGUCAGGUCGCUGCUCAAGGACAAGGCGGAGUGGGACCGCGACGCGGCGCACAAGUCCCGCUCGGUGGACAAGGCGGCCAGGCUGCUCGGCGCCGACACAGCAAGGUUGCAGGACCACACGCACCGCCAGCAGAUCCUGGAACUCUGCAUAGAAGCCCUUGGCGAGGUAAUGGCCCUGUUAGCUCGAGAUGACGUGGGCCCAGUCGACGCGGACAGGGGCGAGCUGGCGCGGUGCCUGCUGCCUACCGUGCUACACACCGCCACCGCCAUGAUGAGGGAGCGGGGCGGGGAGAGCGGGGAGUUCAAUGACGACCCGCUAUUGCGCCGUAUCGUCUGCGUACUCCUAGAUAUGGUCCGUCAGAUGUCCGAAGAUCAAUACAUAAUCCUCGUUAAAGCUUUAGAAGCUGAGAAAGUCGGCGGUUCGAGAUCAUUGGUGUGGGACGCGUUGUCGUUUCUACACUCUCUGCUGCAAAGACCUGUGUUCAGGCCGUACUGGGCUGAUAUGCUGCAUUUACAGCAUUAUGUCAUGUUACAUGCUCUAAGACUGCUGUCUAUAACUCUUCGAGACCGCCUCCAAUCAGUCGAUAUUACCGAUACCGAAUCGAUAACGAACAUCCACUCGAUACUGCGCGAGUGGUUCCUCGCCCUGUCCGCUUUGGCCACGUCCCAGUACCUUCAGCUGGAGACGUUGACCGUGCCCAGGAGGCAUAGGAUCGUGACUUUGUACGGCGACCUCAGAAGGGGUGCAGCGCAGUUGUUUCAAGAGAUGUGGUUCAGUCUUGGUGAACACCGCCGCGCCUUCAUACCGUGCCUGGUGGGUCCACUGCUGGAAGUCAGCUUGUUGCUGGACGAGGAGGUGUGGAACACAACUAUACCAUUGUUCUUCGAUAUGAUGCAGACUGAAUAUACUCAUAGUAUACAGGCUGGGUUCACUGAUGGCCACCUCCGAGACUUGGAGAGCGAGUUGAUCGACAAGUUGGACGUGCUAGUGGAGAGGGGGCUGGGCUCGGGGGCGUGGCGCGCGCGCUUCGUUCAGCUGUGCGGCGCGCUGUGCGGCGCGGCGGGCGGGGUGCUGCGGGCCGCCGCCGGGGCCCUAGUAGCAGCCGCGGCCAGGCAGCUCGACACGCUGCUGCGGUACCGCGAGGCGGCCAGGAGGUCCGCGACCCCCCACAGGAUGUUGCUCACCACGCAAGUGCUGGAUUUCUACAGGCAGAUCGAUAGGCCGCAUAUGUAUAUUAGGUAUGUCCACAAACUGGCGAAGAUGCAUCACGAUGCCCAACAGUGGGCCGAAGCUGGCCUCUCACUCAGACUCCACGCGAAGUUGCUGCUGUGGACUCACGAACCUUUGCCUCCACGCCUGAGGCAUCCGACCUUGGAGCUACAACAUUCCACUCAGAGGGAACUUAAAGAAUUCCUCUACCUAGAAAUCGCUGAACUCCUAAACCGCGGCCGCCAAUGGGAGCUCGCCGUGGAAAUUGUCAAAGAGCUGGUAUCGGUCUACGAAGAAGAGGCCCUGGGCUACGGACCCCUGGCAGAGCUGCACAGCCAGCUGGCCGGUUUGUACGAGGCCAUGCUGAGGAAGCCCAGAUACCACCCGAGUUACUUCAGGGUCAUUUAUUACGGGAACGGGUUCCCGCCCCACUUGAGGGAGGAGCAUGGUUUUGUCUACCGGGGCAACGAAUUCGAACAGUUGCCCGAUUUUAAGGAGCGUUUGCUGGACGAAUGGCCCGACGCUGAAGUUUUGACGAAAUUGGACGCGCCAGGGGAAGAGAUAACGCAGUCCGAUAAGCAGUAUUUACAAAUCAACGCGGUGGAACCACUACUCAGUGACAAGUUGAAGCGGUUGUCAGACAAGCCGGUUUCCGAGCAAGUCCUCUCCUAUUACAAGCACAACAGCGUGCACAAAUUCGUGUUCUCAAGACCGUUCCAUAAGCCGGAUGAAUCGAUGAACGGGUCCAGUGAUGAUUUGAGCCAGAACGAAUUUGCGACGAGAUGGCUCGAGAGAACCGAGUUGGAAAUCAGCGAGAAAUUGCCAGGCAUCCUGAAGUGGUUCCGAGUGGUGGACCACCGCACGUACUGGGUGUCGCCGCUGGAGGCCGCCGUGGAGGCGCUGCGGGACUUCAACCGCGCGCUCCGGGCGCUCGUGCUCAGCGCGCGGGCGCCCGACGCUCCGCUGCAGCCGCUCACCAUGAGGCUGAAUGGAAUCCUCGACCCCGCUGUGCAGGGCGGGCUGGCCAACUACGAGAAGGCAUUCCUGACUCCCGCAUACGCCGAGAGACACCCAGACCACGGGCCGCUGCUGGACACGCUGAGAGACCUCAUCGUCGAUCAGAUCCCCUUGCUCAAGUCUGGUUUGGACGUCCACGGCGCAAGAGCAUCGUCGGAGUUGCAGAAACUGCACGAGCAUAUGGUGCACUGUUUCAAGAAGAUGAAGCAACACGUGCAACAAAGAUACGGAUUGAAGUCGCUGGAGGUGGAGGACCCCCCGGAGGUGCAGCUGCGCACGCGCACGCCGGCGCGCGGCGCCGCCUCCGACCCCGCCGCGCACCGCGUCUCCGACGUCUCCGCCGGGAACGACACGUCGAGAACAAAAUUCUUCAGUGCCAUAAAUCCACUAGUCAGCAGAAAUAGCAGUAGCGGUGUUGCAAGCUAUUUCGGCACACUGCAGAGCACGCCGCGGAAAAGAGACAAAAGACGAGGGAGAAAGAGUGAAAUAGGCACCCCGGCCAGUGGCAGUCAGUGGUACACGUCUCACUCGACUCCCAACGGCGCGGUGACGUCAUCGUUCAGCUACACUAGCGCCACGCCGCCGGAAACUCCCGCCUCCGCAUCUCCGCUCAGGGAACUCAGACAAGAGCUGGUCCCUGAGAGGACACCAAGAGUUGAAGCUGAGAGGGAAAGGAGGUUGUCUCAGCGGGCGAGUUUGCUAGCGUCCCAACCACCAUCUAACAGGGAUUCUAUGGGCACAACAGAUUCCAACCAAGACGACGAGGAGCCUCCCCCACUCCCCGAGAAACUCUCCCAUAGGAGCAUGGACCUUGAUGGGGACAAUAAUAACAACGGUGAUAUAACGCCUUUGCCGGCGAGAAACAACUACGAUAUGGUAUUCCCGCCUACUAGAGGCUCUUUUCUGUAUAACUCUUUAGCGACGAGACGACAGAACGUCAUACCAAGCGAGAAACCGCCGACGCCGCCGCCUAAGAAGAAGAAUUUGCAGAAUAAUAAUGUUUGAUUAACAGUUUUUAGAUUUUUUGGCCAAAGUGACAUUAGUAAUAUAACUAUAGUAACUUCAAAAGGCUGAAGCGGUUUGUUUGAAAGAUUUUCGUGUAUAUUUCGUGCCUUAUGUGUUUAUACGGAAGACCAAUUUUGCAAUGGUCGCCUAAGAGGAAGGUCUAAAUAAAAUAUGGAAUCGUUUUUUUUUUUUAAGUUGUCAUGAAGUGAAUAUUGAAGUCAUGAUCCAAGGUGUUAGGUUUCCCAGGUAAACGAAGGUCAAAAAAGGGGGAGGUUGCUACGUGUAUGACUCCCUCUUCCUUCUGGCUUUAGUCCCGAUUGCAUCCUCACCUCUCUGGAGAGAGGGUAUGCCUUUGACAAUGGAUCCUGGAUUGGGUGAGACUAUUUUCGAAGCUACGUACAUUAGUUUGAUUACCAACCGAUGUUCUUACGGUGAGGGUAAAUAUCGUGAGUUAACCUGCACAUUCAGGUAACUGCAUGUGUAACCAUGGAUCCAAUAUGGGUUUGGUUAACCUGCAAAGGUUGCGGAGGUCAGACGGGAGUCGCUUCGUGUAAAAACCCAACUCGCCCAAUCUAGGAUCUGUGGUUAAAGUUCAUGAUCAGCAGAUCAACGUUCGUACGCACUCAAGUCAUAAAUAAAAGUGAAGUGUAAGCCAUAUUUAAACCCACCAUAAUAUUAGUACUUACAAGUUACCAAUGAUUAAAUGAUUCAUAUGUUAAGUUUGAUAAUGUACCUUAACAUUUUUGUCACUUACUAAUAUAGAAAAAUGAUAUUCACCAUUACGCAAAUAUGAGUCUUGUGUCUCUAGAAAUUAAGAGUAAUUUUGUAUAUUUAUGCACCAUAUAUUGUCUUCUGUUCAGAAAUUAAUUGCCAAAUAUCAAAUGUAGCACUAGACCCAGCGAUGUGCUGUAAAAUGUCAGCUAAUCCCUCAGUCAGUGUACGCGUUUUUAUGUUUGUGUUGAUUUAUUUUAUUCCAUACCAUAGUUUAGAUACAAAAUAGUAUGGUAUUGAAUAAAAUACUGAGUCGUUUGUAUCUUAAGUGAGUUUUGAAAAUGUUUUAAUGGUUUAGCAUUUAUAAAUAAAUAAUAUAGGGGCACCAAUAGAAAAAAGAAUAGGACUACUCCAGCCCUUUGCCAUGGAUGUCGUAAAAAGCGACUAAGACGAUAUAAACUUGGGAUUCUUCUUUGAGGCGAUGGGAUAGCAACAAUAGCAGCCAAACAGUUGGAACCGUCUACCAAUAUGUUUGUAUGUAUGUAUUAAGCAUACAUUGAUCAUGUUACCGUAGUAUUUUUUUGCAUUAUUUAUUUCCUUAGAACAAAGUUACAUAUAAAAUAUUAUUACCGUGUUGCGGGAUAGACAGAGCCAACAGUCUUGAAAAGACUAAAUGGCCACUUUCAGUUGUAUGGCUUAGUGAUGAAAUUGAGUUUCAAAAAGUGAAAGGUUGCUAGCCCAUCGCCUGAUAGAAAUACCCCAAAUUUAUUAGCCAUUCCUUUAGUCAUCCUCUUACGAAAAGAACAAAGUUGAUAACAAAUAUUUAUUAUUCAGGCGUUAUUAAAAAUAUGGAUUAGACUUUAAAAAAAAUUAUGUUCUUAUGCUACACAUGACGUAAAACUUUACUAUAAAAAAAGAAGAUGUAUAAACUUUUAGUAAACAGAAAUUACAAUUUAAUUUUAUUGAAAUAUACUUUUAAAAUUCUAUGCUUAUUAGACUUGAUAUCUUUAUACGAGUUACGUCUGAACAAGAAACAAAUAUAAUGUUUUAGACAAAAGAAAUGAUAUUACAAUGUAACAAGUGUGAUUACAAAUAGCUGUAAGUAUAGAUUGUAUAUAAUUAAUUAUUCAUAGAUUGUUUUCCAGUAUUUUUAAAUAUUUACGCAUAGAAUAUGCGGUCGCGUGACUGAUAUUAAAAAAAAUCUAGUAUUUAAAUUUUACAUACUAAGUUUGACUUUCGUUUAGCAAAACAAAAUCAUGUUUUCAAUAGAUGUAGGUAUAUAAUAAAUAAAUAUAUACAGGACAAAUUACACUGAUCAAGUUAGCCUCGAAGUAAGUUCGAGACUUGUGUUACGAGAUACUAACUCAACGAUACUAUAUUUUAUAAUAAAUACUUAUAUAGAUAAACAUACAAGUCCCAGGCCAAUCAGAAAAAGUUCAUAUACAUAUGCAAGGAAUAAAUUAAUAUCAAUAAACAUGUUUCGCCGCCAGCGAUCGUAAAGAACCAGUCUUAUGUGACCUAGGUCAAUAUGAUGCGUUAUAAAGUUUGACGACCUACAAGAGUGCCCGAAACCGCCGAGCUUGCAUGUAGAGAGUUAUGAAUGUGGAUGAAGCGAAGGAAGUAUGCAGCGAUCGUCGCAAGUGGAAAGAUCUAGUCUGUGCCUACCUCUCCGGGAAAAAGGCGUGAUUUUAUGUAGGUAUAUAUGUUUGACCUACAAAUUUUUUGUGUAAUAGAUAAGAAAUCAUGGUAAAAAUUAUUCUUUUCCAAGAAGAACAUGUGCUAUAUGAUUCGGACCGGUUUAAAGAUAAUAUGAAAUUAAAUUGCAUUGAGAUAAAUCAUUUUGUGAGUUCAUCAGUUCUUUCAAAUUAUUGUUUAUAUAAUACAUGCAGUUGUUUUUGAGAAAAGCCUCUGUUACUCUUUUUUUAAAGUCUGUAUCUUAUAUCGUUAAAAUAGGUCCAGUGGUUUUUGUACUUUAUCGCAACAAACAUACAAUUAAUUUUUGGUAAAUGUAGUAACUCUUAAUACAUUUCUUGAACUUAUUUAGGCUAACUUGAACCUGUUAUUUGUCUUGUAUAUAUUUAUUUAUUAUUACAUUGUUUGUAAACCCAGACGACCUUACUAAGGUCACGUGGAAACGACCACCAAAAAACCAGUCAAAAUAAAAGAGGCCAAUGACCUAUGAUGGUCUUAAAAAAUUUACUUUUUGUGACCAGCGUAAUGACGGAAAGUUAAAAAGGUUAGUAUUAUAACAAAGAAACUUAAUUUGUUUGACCAUAGAUUUCGGAAGAAAAUUAGACUAUAGAAGUGGUAAAUGACUUCGCAACCAAUUAUUUAACGGUAUAAUAAUGUAUUUCAAUUCUGACAUAAUUUGACACCGUACAACGGCGCUGAGAACUGUAAAAGACACAUCAUGUUAGGUCUAUAGUUCUAUUUUAUUUCGAUUUUAAUGAUUUUUAAUUCAAUUGUGUCGUAGAAAAAGUCUUUAUUUUAUGAGUUACAAUUUGUUUUAAAUCUUAUCAAACGGCCGUAAGGAUGAAUUUUAUAUGACAACAUUUAUUUAUGAGAACUUAGACUUGUCACAAUAUUGGUUGUUGUUACUUGAUAAAUAUUUAGGUUUUAAAAGUAACAGUCGUUGAUAAAAAAAAAUUCACCUUGUCGGAGAAACGGUUAUAAGAACAAAUUACAUAUUCAAUGAGUGGUUGAAACAAUUAUACGUUGAAAGUAAGAAGUGCUUUAUUUUAAAUAGUCAUUUAUUUUCAGCAAUAUUUUAGUUAAAUUAUGAAAGAUUCAUUACCAAUAGAUUAUGAUUACUCACACAGACAAGGAAAAUAAUGAACAAUACUAUAAUACAGUGUAAAUAACGCGAUAUUUUACGUAAUUCCUAAAAAAAGCCCGUCUUAUAAACCAUUAGUGUCUUGACAUAAAUACCUACUAUAGUUUUUGACACAUAUAAAUAUAAGAUGCGAUUAGUAUCUUAAUGUUUUACAAAAUGUUUAAUAUACUCGAUAUCUUAAUCUAAGCGAGAGGUAAAUAUUUAUUAUAUUAAAAUAAUUUUAGAUUUACGUUAGUAGUAAAUAUUAUAAAGUUGUUGAUUUUUUAAUUCGCGGGACGAUCUUUUGUUUGGCCAUUACGAGAAUUAGAACAAAUUACAUUCCGCGAGAACGAGGCUUCCAAAUAUAUAUAUAUUUAUAUAUAUAAAACAAAUCUAUGGACAUUUUAAUAGUCUUAAUUUGAAAAAUAGGUUUAACGAGGCUUCCAAAUAUAUAAACAUAUAAAAACAAAAUUUAUGGACUUUUUAAUAGCUUUACUUUGAAAAAUAUCUAGCAAUAUGCAAACACUAGCCAAGUUUUCUGAUAAAUUUUACUUAUUGAGUCCAAUCAACUUUUCAAACUAUCUGAAGCCAAUUAGUGAAAAUAUUUUAUAAUCCCUUUACAAAUUGACAGAUCAGCUUGUACUAUGUGUGUGGAAAAAAAAAAUAUUGUCAAAUUCUAAAGUGACAGUAAUUUUUAUCGGAAUAUUUGUGUUCCACGUACAUUCGACUGCAGAGAUACUCGACUUGUUUUGGUGUAAUGAAUAGUGGGUCUGUAUCUCUGACGUUGACUGUACUGUACUGUUAUUUUGAAAAUUUUGUGUUUGUGUUUAAAACAUCAUUUCGUAUAUAAAUAAAAAAAUUAAGAAAUUAAAUUCGUCCCGCACGUGGCCAUAAGCGCACCAAAUAAAUUGUUGAUAUGUAUAUUGUAUAAAUAGUUAUUGUUUUAUUUUUAAUUUCACUUUACAAGAUAUGUACUCAUGUUGUAAGUAAUCUUUACAAUAAAUAGACUUUUUAUAGUA